CGCACACGCGCACACACACGCGCUCCCCAGCGCUGCCACUGCAGCUGCCAUGGAUAUCGGCUAACAACACAGAGGCCGGCGAGCGCGCGCGCGCUCCCACUCGCAGCACGCAGGAGUGGCCCCCGGCAUCCCUACCCUCCUCCCCACCCCCACGCCACCCGCUCACCAGCUCGGCCACUGCUCGCGCUGGCUCGGCCGCCGCCACCGCCGCUAACGCCGCCAACGCCACCACAGCUUCCUCCGCUGCGGGGCCACAGCCUUGAGUGUCAUUCAAGGGACAGCACAACCUCACCCAAGAUCUCUUACCUCUGCCCAGCCGUCCCUCUCAUCCUCCCCCUUCCUCUGCCACACUCCAUCCAAAGAAGAGGGAAAGCGCGGAGCAGAGAGGGAGGAAGGCAAAGUCUGCUACCCUUGUCCCUUGGCCCCCUCGCUCCUCCAUCCCGGUUUUGACUCCCAAGCCCUCCUCCCCAAAAGGACCCUCAGGAACUGAGGCGACUCACCCUACUGCCAUGUCCAAAAGCUUGAAAAAGAAAAGCCACUGGACUAGCAAAGUCCACGAGAGUGUCAUUGGCAGGAAUCCGGAGGGCCAGCUGGGCUUUGAACUGAAGGGGGGCGCCGAAAACGGACAGUUCCCCUACCUGGGGGAGGUGAAGCCCGGCAAGGUGGCCUAUGAAAGCGGCAGCAAGUUGGUGUCCGAAGAGCUGCUGCUGGAGGUGAACGAGACCCCCGUGGCGGGGCUCACCAUCAGGGACGUUCUGGCCGUGAUCAAACACUGCAAGGACCCCCUCCGGCUCAAGUGUGUCAAGCAAGGAGGAAUCGUUGAUAAGGAUCUUCGUCACUACCUCAACUUAAGAUUUCAGAAGGGUUCUGUUGACCACGAGCUGCAGCAAAUCAUCCGUGACAACCUCUACCUCCGCACAGUGCCGUGCACCACAAGGCCACAUAAGGAGGGUGAGGUCCCUGGAGUGGACUACAUUUUCAUAACCGUUGAGGAUUUUAUGGAACUGGAGAAAAGCGGCGCUCUGCUAGAAAGCGGGACCUAUGAAGACAACUACUACGGGACCCCAAAGCCUCCAGCUGAACCAGCACCCUUAUUAUUAAAUGUAACAGACCAGAUACUUCCGGGAGCUACUCCAAGUGCUGAAGGAAAACGGAAGAGAAAUAAAUCAGUGAGCAACAUGGAGAAAGCAAGUAUAGAGCCUCCCGAGGAAGAGGAGGAGGAAAGGCCAGUGGUCAAUGGAAAUGGCGUUGUCAUCACACCAGAAUCAGCUUUGAACAAUAGCUCUUCCUGUUGUGACCAUUCCCACAAGGAUCACGUAGUGUGGAAGAGCAUCCGAAAUCCGACCACCACGACUCCUUCCCUGUGGGCCGCCGGCUCCAUUCCCACGGUCUUGUCAGUGGGAAGGAGUUGCAAGUCGUCAGGUGAUCGGGCUCGGAAGCUGUGCAUCGCUUAUUACUCUAGAUCAGGAAGCUGGAGCAGUUCCGCACCACCAGCCUUGCAGAUGCACAGACAUGCAGUGGCUCCUGGCACUACAGUAGCUGGAGCCCUAUAUCUCUUCAUUUUUACUCUUGAAUGCGUCCUCAUCUAUUCAGCUACACUUCAAGCAUUCAGUAGCCUCAUGUGGUUGGUGGUUCCCAUCACCGGAUGGAGCAAGGCCAGAGAGUAUGACAGUGGCAAGCGGAAAUGUCACAGUAAGAGAAAGUCUUCAGAAGAAUCCUUGAAGGAAACCCUCCAGAGAAAUACUGAGCCAAACCAAAAUUACAGCGGCCUUAAUGAGCUCCGGAUUCGUCCCCUUGCUGUGGGACAGCCUCACCGCCACCAGACUCCCAUCGAUGUCUCCAAAGACAACCUUCACGCGGGUGAGCCUCAUUUGAGCUCCCGCAUAAUAAAGAGAAGCAAGCAUGUCAAAUUCCGUGGCUCUCUUAGACCCUUUGCCAAACUUCGGCUGCAGGAAGUUGAACUUGGACGGUUUGAGAUCAUUCUGGCUUGGUUUUGUAGUUCUUCAGAAUCGGGGCGCAUAAAGAAAAGUGUUCCUAUGAGCACUGGCUGUGUCUCUGUCACUGUCACCAUGACAGAGAGCUCCCCCAAGCCCAUGCUGCUGAUACAGGCAUGUUUUGUAAAUACAGAGCUUCCAUAUGGCUGGGAAAAAAUCGAUGAUCCUAUAUAUGGCACUUACUAUGUUGACCACAUAAACAGAAGAACGCAGUUUGAAAACCCUGUCCUGGAAGCAAAAAGGAAGCUACAACAGCAUAACAUGCCCCACCCAGAACUUGGAACAAAGCCCUUGCAGGCCCCAGGUUUCCGAGAAAAGCCGCUCUUCACCCGGGAUGCAUCCCAGUUGAAGGGAACGUUCCUCAGCACCACCCUCAAAAAGAGCAACAUGGGCUUUGGAUUUACCAUCAUUGGUGGAGACGAGCCGGAUGAGUUUCUACAGGUGAAAAGUGUGAUCCCAGAUGGACCUGCUGCACAGGAUGGGAAAAUGGAGACAGGUGAUGUCAUUGUCUAUAUUAACGAAGUUUGUGUCCUUGGACACACUCAUGCAGAUGUUGUCAAACUGUUCCAGUCUGUUCCUAUUGGUCAGAGUGUCAACUUGGUGUUGUGUCGUGGCUACCCCUUGCCCUUUGACCCUGAAGAUCCUGCUAACAGCCUGGUGCCACCCCUUGCAAUAAUGGAGAGGCCACCUCCAGUGAUGGUCAAUGGAAGACAUAACUAUGAAACCUAUUUGGAAUACAUUUCUCGGACCUCACAGUCAGUCCCAGAUAUCACAGACCGGCCACCUCAUUCUUUGCACUCCAUGCCAGCUGACGGUCAGCUAGAUGGCACGUAUCCACCACCCGUCCAUGAUGACAAUGUGUCUAUGGCUUCGUCUGGAGCCACUCAAGCUGAACUUAUGACCUUAACCAUUGUGAAAGGUGCCCAGGGAUUUGGCUUCACUAUUGCUGACAGUCCCACAGGACAGCGGGUGAAACAGAUACUUGACAUUCAGGGAUGCCCUGGACUGUGUGAAGGAGACCUCAUUGUUGAGAUCAACCAGCAGAAUGUACAGAACCUGAGCCAUACGGAAGUAGUGGAUAUACUGAAGGACUGCCCCAUCGGAAGUGAGACGUCUUUAAUCAUCCAUCGAGGAGGUUUCUUUUCUCCAUGGAAAACUCCAAAGCCUAUGAUGGAGCGGUGGGAGAAUCAGGGCAGUCCUCAAACAAGUCUGUCUGCUCCGGCCGCACCGCAGAACCUGCCCUUCCCACCUGCCCUUCACAGGAGCUCCUUUCCCGACUCAACAGAGGCCUUUGACCCACGGAAGCCUGACCCAUAUGAGCUCUACGAGAAAUCGAGAGCCAUUUAUGAAAGCAGGCAACAAGUGCCACCCAGGACCAGUUUUCGAACGGAUUCCUCUGGUCCAGAUUACAAAGAAUUAGACGUUCACCUUCGAAGGAUGGAGUCUGGAUUUGGCUUCAGAAUCCUCGGGGGAGAUGAACCUGGACAGCCUAUUUUGAUUGGAGCCGUCAUUGCCAUGGGCUCAGCCGACAGAGAUGGCCGACUACACCCAGGAGAUGAGCUUGUCUAUGUGGAUGGGAUCCCAGUGGCUGGCAAGACCCACCGCUACGUCAUCGACCUCAUGCACCACGCAGCCCGCAAUGGGCAGGUCAACCUCACUGUGAGAAGAAAGGUGCUAUGUGGAGGGGAGCCCUGCCCAGAGAAUGGGAGGAGUCCAGGCUCUGUAUCAACCCACCACAGCUCUCCGCGCAGUGACUACGCCACCUAUGCCAACAGCAACCACGCCGCCCCCAGCAGCAAUGCCUCGCCCCCCGAAGGCUUUGCCUCACACAGCCUGCAGACCAGUGACGUGGUUAUUCACCGCAAAGAAAACGAAGGCUUCGGCUUCGUCAUCAUCAGCUCCCUGAACAGGCCCGAGUCCGGAGCCACCAUAACUGUGCCCCAUAAAAUCGGACGAAUCAUUGAUGGGAGUCCUGCCGAUCGCUGUGCAAAACUAAAAGUGGGAGACCGGAUCUUAGCGGUCAAUGGCCAGUCUAUCAUCAACAUGCCUCAUGCAGACAUUGUGAAGCUCAUCAAGGAUGCAGGUCUUAGUGUCACGCUUCGCAUCAUUCCUCAGGAGGAGCUCAACAGUCCCACCUCGGCACCCAGCUCAGAGAAGCAGAGCCCCAUGGCCCAGCAGCACAGUCCUCUGGCCCAGCAGAGCCCACUGGCCCAGCCAAGCCCAGUCACCCCCAACAGCCCUGUUGCCCAGCCAGCUCCUCCUCAACCUCUUCAGCCGCAAGGACAUGAAAAUAGUUACAGGUCAGAAGUUAAAGCAAGGCAAGACGUGAAACCAGACAUCCGGCAGCCUCCCUUCACAGACUACAGGCAGCCCCCGCUGGACUACAGGCAGCCCCCAGGAGGGGACUACCCCCAGCCCCCAGCCUUGGACUACAGGCAGCACUCCCCAGACACCAGGCAGUACCCUCUGUCAGACUACAGGCAGCCACAGGAUUUUGAUUAUUUCACUGUGGACAUGGAGAAAGGAGCCAAAGGAUUUGGAUUCAGCAUCCGUGGAGGAAGGGAAUACAAAAUGGAUCUGUACGUGUUGAGAUUGGCAGAGGAUGGGCCAGCCAUAAGGAACGGAAGGAUGAGGGUAGGAGACCAAAUCAUUGAAAUCAAUGGGGAAAGCACAAGGGACAUGACGCACGCCAGAGCAAUAGAACUCAUCAAAUCUGGAGGAAGGAGAGUGAGGUUGCUGCUGAAGCGAGGCACGGGACAGGUCCCAGAGUAUGACGAACCCCACGCCUGGAGUGCUGCCGCUGCCGCCGCCCCAGGCCUGCCGGAAGUAGGCGUGUCCCUCGAAGACAUCUUCUCUCCAUUCUCUCCAUCACAUCCAGCCCCACCCUCCGACCCCUCCCACCAGACAGGCCCAGACCCAACUUGGGAGAUCCAAAGGGAACACGACGUUAGGAAACCAAAGGAGCUCGCGGCCGGCGGCCAGAAGAAGCAGCGCCUGGGGGAGCAGAGGGAGCGCUCGGUCAGCCCGCAGCGCAGCGCCAGGCCCAGGCUGGAGGAGGCGCCCGGCGGCCGGGGGCGGCCCGAGGCCGGCAGGCCCGCCUCGGAGGCGGCCGACGGGCAGGGGGCGCUGCGCGGCCGGCGCGAGGGCCCCGGGGCCGAGGCCAGGGUGGGCGUGCGCUCGGGGUCCCGAGGCGCCCCGCGGCCCACGGGGGGCGGCCCGGCGCGCAAGGCGGCGGUGGCGCCGGGGCCCUGGAAGGUGCCGGGCUCCGACAAGCUGCCCGGCGCCCUGCAGCCCGGCGCCUCGGCCGCGGGCAGAUGAGGCCCGAGGCGGUGUGGGGAGUGGGGGACCCCGCCAGCCGCCUCCACGCAGGCUGUUCUUCCUGGGUCCCGUCCCGCGGCGUUUUAAUUUAUUUCCACGGUCACACGCAUAGAUCCCACACGAGGCGCCGAGGCCCCGGGAGCACCGGCCUGCGACGCGCGGUGGGCGGCAGGGCGCGGGGUGCGCGCGGACCUGAACUGAUCCUGAAGCAUCCCCCCACCCCACUCCACCCCCGGUUCCGCGGCGGGAGCUUUCGGCAGCUACGGAAGAACCAAAACCACGCAAACAUCACAGAGAGACAGUGCAGUGUAGCUUUAGUUUUAAAAAGAGAAAGAAAAAAAAAAGUUCCCCCCACUGCAUGAAGGAUUUGGAUGUCAUCCAAACUUUAUAUCAAGAAACUGAACAAGUUCAGAGCAAUCAAUCACAAACUGGAAUAUCGCCUUAACAAAAAAAAAAAAAAAAAAAAAAAAGAAAGAAAGAAAAAAACAACAACAACAAACUGCACGGAGCAAGCGGAAACUGAGACAAGAUUAUAUCUUUUAAUUGAUCUAAAGUGUUGUAAAUAAAUCGUUCUUGACAUAUCUAGACAGGGGUUAAAGGGUUUCUUUGAAACAUUCAGAACUGUUUGCCCAUGACGUUUCCCUGGCUCGCCCUUGGCAUCCACCUACAGAAUUAGCAGCACCAUUUCCUGCCUACUGCAGGAUGAGUUAGAACCCUAGUGAAUUCAUGGGUGUGAUGCCAUUUUACUGCCAUUUCUGUGAUCAAGUCAUAUU